AUGGUUGGAAACACGGAACACUAUGGCGAUGCAGACUUCUCGAGAGAGAUCUCACUGGCCCAGCAAGCCCACAUCGACGCUUUUGCUCUGAACUUCGCGUACGGAGAAAAGACAAACGACCUGUCGCUCCCCGUCAUCUUCAACGUAGCCAACCGCCUCGGCUUCAAGCUCUUUUUUUCUUUCGACUAUGCCGGCAACGGCAGCUGGCCCCAAUCCGAUGUCAUCCAGCUCAUCGAGCGGUAUGCGUCAGAGCCUUCCUACUUUAGACACGAGGGCACCAAGCCCCUUGUGUCGACAUUCGAAGGGCCUAAGGCGGCUGACGACUGGAACCUGAUCAAGGAGCGAACGGGCUGCUUCUUCAUGCCAUCGUGGUCCUCCCUGGGGGCUAAGAAAGCAUUACGCCCCGGCGUUGCCGACGGUCUAUUCAGCUGGGCGGGGUGGCCGGAGGGUGCCAACUCCAUGGACACCGUUAUUGACCAGUCUUAUCGCGAGUUCCUCGACGGGAAGCCGUACAUGAUGCCUGUCAGCCCGUGGUUUUACACCAAUCUUCCCGGAUACAACAAGAACUGGCUUUGGCGCGGCGACAACCUCUGGUAUGAGCGAUGGGUCACAGUUUUCGACUUGCAACCCGAGUAUGUCCAGAUCAUCUCGUGGAACGACUUCGGCGAGUCGCAUUACAUUGGACCCUUGAACGACAAGGCCUAUGUUGCCUUUGAUGUGGGCAGGGCGCCGUUCAACUACGUCAAGAACAUGCCUCACGACGGAUGGCGGCUCUUCCUGCCAUAUCUCAUCGACAUGUAUAAGAGCGACAUUGCCACCAUCACCGAAGAGGGGGUCGUUGGCUGGUACAGACGGACGCCGGGAUCCGCCUGCGCAGCUGGCGGCACCGUGGGCAACACCGCGGCUCAGCUGCAGCUGGAGAUGCCCGCCUCGAUGUUGGCGCAGGACAUGGUCUUCGUGUCCGCGCUGCUAACCAAGAACGCGCUCUUGACCGUCACUAUCGGUGGCAAGCUAUCCACGGCGUCAUGGAGCGUCAUUCCACCCGACGGCAUCGGCCUAUACCAUGCCGCCGUCCCUUUCAAUGGGAGGACCGGAGACGUCAACAUCCGACUUCUCAGGGACGGCAACGCUGCCUUGGAGUUCACUGGUGCAUCCAUCACCGGAAGCUGUCCCGAGGGCAUUCAGAACUGGAACGCCUGGGUGGGCAGCGCGUCCAAAUCCACAACGCCCACGGUGCCGACUAAGCGUGUCUCCGAGCUCCAAUGCCAGAAGGGGUGGUCCAAGGACGCACACAACCUCAUGUGCAGCUACACCUGCCGGCACGGAUACUGUCCUCCCGGCCCUUGCACAUGCAGCUGGCUCGGCACAGCGGCGAAGUUCGAAAACCCGCCCGUUGGUCUCAUUGGGUUGCCCGGGCCCGGCAUGCUGUGCGACUACCUGGGUCUCUGCAGCUUUGCCUGCGACAACGGCUUCUGCCCUGCUCCCUACUGCUUCCCGGAUCCUAGCCUGGAGGGGAAGUGCGUGAUACCCGUCGACCCUCCUGAGAUUGAGGAGGACGAUGAUGACGACGACGACGAGUACGACAAUGACGACCUCAUCUGGAUCGACCCAAAGAUCUGGGACAUGGACCAGCCCCGGGUGACUUGUAAACCGCCAUGCACCCUAGUCUUGCCUCCGUGGACUAAGCUGCCCAAAACCACAAUCAGCUAUCCGGUCGAAACCCGCUCUGACAAGACCAUCACACACCCUCCUCUGACUACCAGCGAAUACGAGCUCUCGACGGUCAUAGUGAAGCCCGAAACGACCUUCCCCGUCACGAUCAAGCCAGAAAUUAGCAGCACCAAGACAUGGAAACCCGUCACAUACACCGAGAACGGCACGCCGCGGACAUUCAGACCGACAGAUCCGUACCCGCCACCCCCGGGCCCGACCCCGCCACCACCCCCCCCGUUCAAGCUUCCUGACCCGGUGGUGAUCGAGAGCGGUCCUCCCGGCCCUCUCGUCAGCCAAUGCGCCUUCCCGGCCCUCGGCUGCCCGCCGCCUUUAUUGGACGAGGACGAUUCUGACGGGGAUAGCGAGUAUGAUCCCCAAGACGGGGACGACGACGGAAGCGAGGAAGAGGGCAGCUGUGAGCUGCUGCCUGGCACCGGAAGCGGAGACGGCGGCGGCGGUGGGAACGGCGGCAGCGGCGGAGGCAGCGGCACCACUCCCCUAGAGUCCCCGAGACCCUCUGAGAACAAGAAGCACUGCUAUGGAAGUGGCCAGGUCGUCGGGCGGGACGCGCUGGCUUCUGCUGCUGACUACUUCUGCACCAAGGUGACGGAGGAGUACAAGAACCCCCUCGGGGGCGGCUCCCUCAUUGAGUACGGAAUUCUCUUCAGGGCCAUCAUUAGUUUCAAAGUAGAUGUGUCGGUCGAAGUGAAGAACGGUUGCAGUUGGAGGCCGAAUAAGGAGGAGUGCAUCAGGUACACGAAUGUGCCUCUGGACAGCUGCGACUGCAGUGGCACGGCUUUCAAGUAUGGCGGAUGGGUGGAAAACAACUGCGUCAAGUUCAGGGUCGACCCUAAUUGGACUUAG